CCGUAUGUCUGGCAUAUGUUCAGUUAAAGCCGUUUGGAUUAGUUCCGUGUUCAAUAUGGUAUUUAAUUUUAACACACUUCUAGUGAUCGUAGCAUUCAAACUGCUGAAUACAGAAAUGGCGACUCACAAACGGCAGAGAAGAUACUUAUUGUUCACAAAAGACACACAAUGGGGGGUGUUUGUGACUGUCUCCAUACCACUCCACCCAGAUACGUACGUGAGCGUCGCUUGGUUCUUCGAAGCUAACUACUACAACGUAGAUAAUUCCACGUACUUCGAUCCUUUGCUCGGCGACAUUGAAGUAUCAAGAGGCCGUGAAGAUCGAGACGUUCAAAACAAAAAUGCUUUCAAUCCAAAUGAUUUCUCGCGGCAGAAGCUAUACACUCUGAUUGAGGGAUUCUUAGAGAAACACGGGUUACCCGGACGCGAGUGCUUACUCAGAGCGAUUUGCGAGCAUGCUAGUGUGGAGCAUAAUGGGUUGUUGGGCGACCUGCUAUAUCUUAUACUGACCCCCUCCACAUCGAUGUCCGAAGAGAAUAUAGAGGACGAAUUCUACGAAGCAGAGUUAUAUGGAAUGGACAACCAGUGCGAAGAAUAUGCAGAAUAUUGUAAAACAAAUCCUUUGGACGCCAUAUCAACGUACAUUGACGGCUUUGUGUGAUCUGAAUGUGUUAAUAAGUAUAAGGAAACUGUAAUGUACUAUAAGUUCGGUACGGUUUUACUUUUUCAGUUGACAAUGAUGAUAAUAUCAGCCCUGUAUUAUAUAGGUACUGUCUCACUGCUCGUCAUGGGCCUACUUUAUUACUGAAAAGGAUUGGGCCUUAGACCACCACGCUGGCCUAUUGGGAAUUGGUGGACUUCACAUACUCUAAAAAUUCUUAUAAAGAACUUCUAAGGUAUGCAGGUUUCAUCACGAUGAUUUCUUUCACCGUUAAAGCAAGCGAAAAUUAACAUAUACUAGAAUGUAACCACUACAAUAAAAAUCAUGUUAAUUGUAUUGCUAGACUUCAUACACUCUCAAAAUUCAUACAGAGAACUUCUAAGUUAUGCAGUUUUUCUCAUGAUGUUUUGCUUCCUCCUUAAACCAAGCGAUUGUAAAUUACAAAGAAUAUACACACGAUUUUAGAAAAGUCGGAUGUGUGUCCGCUUGGACUUUAAACCUGCAGACAUUCGACUUGGCAGAUCGUUCCACGACCAACAAGGCUAAUAAAUUAAUUUCAAUUCUAAAGUUAUAUUUAUUUUAUAUCUUAAAUAAAAAAAGCACAUCACGUGCCGCUAAUAUUUGGCAAAGUUGCACACACUAAAGUACAUUUUCAGUUAAUACCAUUUUAGGUGAGAAACACGGAGCACUGAAAUUUUGCACGGAAUACAAAGCGUAAGACUAUUAAUUACAUGUUUAGUUGUUUAUUUUGCUUUUUUUAUCUUAAGUAUAAUUACUUAUACACUGCGCUUGGUAAAACUCGGAUUAUUAUUUUCCCAAAAAGCAUCAUGAACAAUGUAAACAAAACAAUUUGAACAAACCAAAAUAUGGCUGAUAUUCGAAAGCUCGAGUGAAAUUUCGCAGACCCAGUUCCAAUUGACAACCGUAAAAUAUUCGGCCGCAGAUUUGUAAUGUCAACAAUCCGAUGCAGUAUUUUAAACGCCAAUCGUCAAUAGUACGAUCAGCAUUCAAUAUUUGCGAGGUCUCUGCCUUGGCAAAUGUUUUCUUGAUUUUACUAUUUUAUCGUUUAAAUAUUAUUUGAUUAUGUUGUUUAU